CCUACUGCCACAAAGGGACAAUGUUCAGAGAAAAAGAUACUUUUGUGAUGCAGACACAUUAUGAAAAGACAGCAGCAUGAACACCGGCUUUCAUAGUUUAUUAUUAUGAUCACAAAUGCUGCUUUUCCCCCAAUCUCUCUCCUACUCUCUUAGCUUGGUGCCCCUAUCUAUUUCCCUCUCUCCAUCCAUCUCUCUCUCUCCCUCGCAUACACACACACACACACACACACACAGCUUUCAAGACUAUACCAUCCUCACGCUUUACAACGAGAAGGGGGGGGGGAGCCGAGCUAUCUGUCAAUCGAGUCAACAAAUUGCCGUUGAUCAUUCAGAAGGAUAUGAAAUCCUUUCUUAUCCUCCAGGAACCUUCGAUCCCCUAAGCCUGGUUCCCCGGCUGCCUCCCCCCCAUCCGCAUGAGCCCGUCCUGGGUGGUUGGGGGCUCAGGGGCCCCCUACCCCCUCCAGUCAGCGGAGGUUGGACCCGUCUGGAUGGGAGUAUGAACAAAGGCAUGAGGGAAGAGAGGAGAGCGGAGCAGAGCUGCCGAACGAAUGUGAGAAUUCACACCAGCACGCGCACGCUGGCUGCCUCUGUCGCCACGACAACCACACAUAGAUGACUCAGAGAUUAAGCGGAAAAAAGGGGGGAAAAAAACACAUGGAAUUACUUUAGAAGGGGAAAGUGAAGGCAAGAAGAGAAAAGAGGCAGGGGAUGCAAUGACCCAAAGUGUUAAGACAAGAGAGUGAAGCCUCAGUUGCUACAAACCACGAAUAUUAAGUGUUUAUAUCUCAUUUCCAGAAAUAGCUGCACUAAAAGAAAAUAAAAAAAAUGUGAGAGCAACAAAGAGUGUUGAAGAAGGUUUGGUAUUUUCAUAUUCAGCACAAGAGGAACAAAACACAAAGACGAGGGGACCACUCAGUGCUCUAUCAACUUCUCCACGCGCUGGCCCGCUAUGGAGGCGGACGACGAUCCCUUGUUGCUCGAGACGACGGGGGACCUCGGCGAGGACGGGAUGCAGGACGAGGAGGACGCAGAGGUUGACAUCCUAUCCGUCCGAGGACGUGACGGACUGCGAGGACUGUGGCGGGCGGUGGGCUGGGUGUACACCACCCCAUGGGCGAGCGGGGUUGUGUUAGGGGUAGGGUUCCUGCUCCCCUUCGCCCUCUCGGCGUGGAUGUUCCUGCGUUACCCUCCGCUGGACAUCGACCUGUCAUACAGUGCCUUUGAGGUGCGGAGCCACUCCUCCGCUCAGCAUUUUGACUCGCUCGCCAUCGCCAUCAAGACCCAGCUCGGGUCCUGGGACAGACACAGGCGCAACACAGACGACUAUGACUCAGACAUCCUCCGCGAUCUCUUGCUGGCCAAACUUAACAUGCAGGGCGGUGGAGUGGCCGGCGGGGAAAAGGCUUCAGGGGCACUGCGGAAUGAGACAGAGAGCGCUCAGGCAAGCAAAGAGGCCACUGUGAACAACUCACAAAGGGGUGAAGACAUCAAAAAGACGGACACCGGAGGAAAAACUGCUGGAGCCCUGGAGGACCAAGAAAGAUUAUAUGACAACAAAACCAGCCUGGGAGUAUCCCACACCCCCAGCUCCUUGGUUGUUAAGGAGGGCAGGGAGGGAGGAGGGAAGGCUGUGGUCAGGAAGGCCAGGUCAGCGGGUACCACCUACUCCUACCGGCAGAGCCAGGCCCUGUGGAGGGUGGAGCUGGUGUUCGUGGCCCAGGGCGGUGAGAACAGCAACAUCUUCACCCCGGAGCGUCUCCGCACCAUCCACCGUGUGGAGCGGCUGCUCGUGGAGCACCCGCAGUUUCAGCAGUUCUGCUGGAAGCCUGUGGAGCUCCUGAGGGACCUACCCCUGGGGCCCUCCUUCUGCUCUCCGCCCAGCUCUCUCCUCUCCUACCUCUUCCCCAGCGAACGUGCGGGCAAGAUCUACUUUGACGGAAUGGGCCCCGACCUAGCUGACAUCAAAGGUGCCUUGAGUUUAGCAAUCACUCACCCACAGUUCUACUGGUACGUGGAUGAGAACUUGACCCCCGACGACCUCUGCUCCUCUCUGCUCCGCAGUGAGAUCCACUUCGGCGCCCCUCUCCCCUCCUUCUACUCGCUCCAGGACAGACCCCAGGAGCAGAGGCGCCGCUUCAGGGACUUUGUGGUGCAGUAUGCCAACAUCCUGGCCCAGCAAUCCACCAGCCAGGUGAAAGUUCUGUAUGGUGGCACUGAGCUGUUUGAUGACGAAGUCAGGCGCACCUUUCACAGUGACAUGCUGCUUGCCGUCUUCAGCGGCGCCUGCAUCUCUGUCUUGGUUUACAUCCUCACGUCCUUCUCAGUGUUUCUGACAUUCUUUGGCCUAGCCAGCAUUGGUCUAAGCUGCCUCAUGGCCCUAUUCCUCUAUCAUGUGGUGUUUGGAGUGCGAUAUCUGGGCAUCCUUAAUGGAGUGGCGGCUUUCGUUAUCAUUGGGAUUGGCGUGGAUGACGUGUUUGUGUUCAUAAGCACCUUCCGCCAGGCAUCGCACCUGCGGCAGCCCGAGCAGCGCGCAGUCUACACGGUCAAGACGGCUGGGCGGGCCACCUUCCUCACCUCCUUCACCACGGCUGCCGCCUACGCCGCUAACACCUUCUCACAGGCUAACCCUAAUCUUUGUUUGGUGCAGAUCCCGGCGGUCCACGACUUCGGCUUGUUCAUGGCCCUCAUCGUAAGCUGCUGCUGGGUGUGGGUGUCCAUGCUAAUGCCCGCUGCCCUCUGCAUCUGGAGCCAGUGCGGGGCUGGCCAGGGUAACGCCUGUCUGAAAUGGUGGAAUAUCCUCUCCAGUAUCUCCGCGAGCCACAGCCCCCUUUCAGAUGAAGACGACGUGGCCUUGCUGUCAGUGGAGAUGGAGAUAGACACGUGUGACGUGGAGGCCGACACAGCCCUGCUCUCGCUGAGCGUGGACCCACCGCAGGGCCCAUCAGGGAAGGGCGGCGUGGGGGUGGUGAGCACCCAGCUCCAGUGGGUGCUGCGGCACUGGGUGGCGGAGCCCGUGGUGGAGAAUCGCAAGGUGGUCAUCGGUGUUUAUAUCCUGCUUCUCCUGGCCUCUGCCUUCUGUUGCUGCCUGCUACGCCCGGCUAGUCACGCUCCCCUCCUCUUUCGCCAGGACUCCAACAUCCAGUCGCUCCUUAAUCUCCGUAGCAACCUGAGUGCCCAGGGAAUCUCCUGCCACACAUGCUCAGGUGCCUUCAUGGAGAGACCUCAUUUCCUGCACAGCGUCGCCCACCGUGUGCCCGCUGUGCCAGGGCCGGCGGCACAACAGCACUCACGCACCCCGUCCAAUCCGGCUCUCCACGGCCAGCCCAAAUCUGCCUCCCCUACUUCUCAAUCAGGAAGACUGCUCACAGUCUACGUUUCCAAGUUGGACAUGGGAUCUGCUGUCACCCAAUAUCGCUUCUCUCUGAACGCCAGCGUCCCGGCGCCCUGGGUGACACUGCCACACGGCCAUGGGGAGGUGCCAUCUUUCCAGGCAUAUGGCAGUCCCCAUAGCAACUACAGCACCAAGCUGACAGUGUGUGUCUCACACACGUAUCACCCUCACCCCCGCUGGAUGAUCACAUCCCGGUCAUGUGACCCACACCACGGCUUGAGAGCAGAGUUCAGCUUUUAUGUGGCGUCUGCCGAGCAGCAACACAGCAGGAGGCUGUUUUUUGCCCAGCACCACCUGAGUCCCCACCCCAGCCGAGUGUGUGCAGAGCCGCCGGGCUGUGUGAUAAGCAGCGGGCCAGACGGACCGACCCAGGGCAGUUUCUACACCCCUCUCAGCGCAGAGCCUACGCCGGCAAACACAUCCAAAACCUCAGGCUUUAACCCCUGCGGUGGAGGUGUCUGUGAGAAGCCAGCCGUGCGCCCCCUAGUGGACACCGGUGCCAUGGUUUUUGUGGUAUUUGGCAUACUGGGUAUCAACCGUACGCAGUACUCAGACAACCAUGUCAUUGGAGAUAUGGGCAGCGUAAUCUAUGAUCCCAGCUUUGACCUCUUUAAAGAGAUCGGCCAUCUCUGCCAACUCUGCAAAGCCAUCAGUGCCAACACAAAGCUGGUCAAACCUGGUGGGGCCCAGUGCUUACCUGCAGGGAACAGUCUGUCUACCAUCCUCCCUCUAAUGCACCCGGAGUGCCACUCUCUGCCCGAGCCCAACCUGCUGCCAGGGCAGCUGUCCCAUGGGGCCAUUGGGAUGCAGGGGGGCACAGUCCACUGGAUCUCCAUGGCCUUUGAGUCUACUACCUACAAAGGAAAGUCAUCUUUCCAGACGCACGCUGACUACCUGCAGUGGGAGAGCUUCCUGCAGGAGCUGCUGGCCUCUCUCCCGCAGACGUCCUCCCUGCAGCGAGGCUUUCAGACCUGCGAACACUGGAAGCAGAUUUUCAUGGAGAUCAUUGGUGUUGAGAGCGCUCUCUAUAGCCUGCUCCUCUCGCUGGUGAUCUGCGUCGCCGCCGUGUCCGUCUUCACCGCUCACCUACUCCUGCUGCUGCCCAUCCUCCUCAGCAUUCUGGGGGUGGUGUGCACGGUGGUGGCCAUCAUGUACUGGCUGGGCUGGGAGAUGGGCGCGGUGGAGGCCAUCUCGCUGUCCAUCCUGGUGGGCUCGUCGGUGGACUACUGCCUGCACCUGGUGGAGGGAUACCUGUUGGCCGGGGACGUCGCCGCUGCCGCUGCCACAUCCGAUUCACCUCUCUGUGGGGAUCCCUCCGGCCGACGGACCCUGGAAGCCGUCAAUCACGUCGGCGUCGCCAUAGUAUCCAGCGCUGUCACCACGGUGAUCUCCACCGUCCCUCUCUUCUUCUGUGUCAUUGUGCCUUUCGCCAAGUUCGGCCAGAUUGUAGCCAUUAACACAGCCGUGUCCAUCCUGUACACUCUGGUCAUCACCACAGCCAUGCUGGCCACCAUGGGCCCCGCAGGCUUCCGUAGACCCCCCGGUGCAGUGGUCAAAGCCAGCCUGGCGGUCUUGCUCGCCGUGGGCCUGGGAGCCAUCCUCCUCUGGGUUAGCGGCCUGGUGUUUCCGGGCUCCUGGUAUACCUUCAACAUGUAGACAACAAAGAUGUCAAUGUAACACAGUGCUGCGUUAGAGCAGUGAGGCAGGGUUGUGUAAUUCCUUGUCUAUGCACACACACACACAUGCACACACACACACAUACACAGACACACACACACACACACACACACACACAGACACACACACACUCAGAAACACACUCUUAAUGAACAGUUUUUUUUUAAGCAGGACUUACACUGUAUGAACUUUAGAAAAUAAUUACACAUGGAUGUGUACUAUGUUUUGCAAUUUUUUCUAUGUACAUAACUUGAAGUAAGAGAAAAUGUUAGUUGUGACAGAAGAAAAGACUGUGAAAGAAGAAAGUAUUUUGGCCCCUUUGAAUUCUGUGAAUUCUUCUAUCCUCGAUAUAUGACAAAGGGAGCACACAUGAAUGACAUAAG